AUGAAGGUGAAGUUCAAGCGGGGGAAAGUACUUUCGAUUUUCCAGCCUCUGCAUCUCUCCCCUGAGGCACAAGAGCUGUACAGGGACGCGCUGGCCGGGGGGCAGACCUCGUUCUUGCUGCAGCAGGAAGGGGCCGGGGGUGAUGUUUUCAGCUGCUCCCUGGGUAACCUGCCCCCUGGGGAGGAGGCGGCACUGACCCUGCGCUAUGCCUGCGAGCUGCCGCUGGAGCCCGACGGGGCCGCCCGCUACGUGCUGCCGGCUGGCCAUGCUGCGCCCCCGCUACACACCCCAUGGGUGGGACAGGGAGGACAUCACCCAGGGGGUCCCGCGGGUACCCCCAGGGAGCUGCCCUACACCCUGAGCCUGAACGUCACGCUGCAGUCGCCCCACGGCAUCGACCGUGUGCUCUCCAACUGCUCCCUCACCCCACUGAGCUACAGGGCUGGGAACCAGACCACCGCCCAGGUGUCGCUGGCCCAGGCCCCCCCGUGGGACCGAGACAUGGAGCUGCUGGUGCAUUACGCGGAGCCGCAAAAACCCAGCGCGGUGCUGGAGGCUGGGCUGCCCGAAGUGGAGCCAGGCUCCCUGAUGGGUGACCCGGCUGUGAUGGUGACCCUGCUGCCCAGCCUGCCUGAGGCAUUGCCAGCCAGCUCGGCCGGGGAGUUCAUCUUCCUACUGGACUGCUCCGGCAGCAUGGGGUGCCCCAUGGACGGCCUAGACUACUCGGCCCAGCGCAUUGACAGCGCCAAGGAGACCCUGGUCCUGCUGUUGAAGAGUUUGCCCCUGGGCUGUUAUUUCAACAUCUAUGGCUUUGGGUCUUGGUUCGAGUCCUUCUACCUGCAGAGCGUGGGAUACACCCAGCAGACCAUGGCCGAGUCCCUGCAGCGCGUCCAGCAGCUCCAGGCUGACCUGGGGGGCACCGAGAUCUUGGCUCCGCUACAAGCCAUUUACCGCAGCCCCUGCCUGGAUGGGCACCCACGCCAACUCUUUGUGUUCACGGACGGGGAGGUGAGGAAUACCCAGGACGUCAUCGCUGAGGUGCAGCGUCACCGGGGGGCCCACAGGUGCUUCUCCUUUGGCAUCAGGGAAGGGGCCUCCACGGCUCUGGUCAAAGGCAUCGCCCGGGCAGCAGGGGGCAGCGCUGAGUUCAUCACGGGCCAGGACCGCAUGCAGCCCAAGGCUCUGCAGUCUCUGAAGCAGGCCCUGCACCCGGCCGUGACUGGGAUCUCGCUGAGCUGGGAUCUGCCCCCUGGGAUGGAGGCGGCGCUGCUGGGCCGGGGCCCUGAGGUGAUCUUCCCUGGGCAGCGGUGCCUCAUCUACGCCCAGCUCCGCGGGCAGCCCCAGGCUGCCCGUUCACCGUCUGGCAGCCAAGUCACUGCUGCUGGAGCUGGAGGGGGCCGUGGACACCGGGUCGGAGGGGGACCGGCACUGGGUGCUGGAGACCAGCCUGAGCUCGGGGGUCGUCUGCUCCCUCACGGCCUACGUGGGGGUGGACACAGAGCGGGGGCAGCUGGUGCAGGGGCUGCUGGUGAGACGGGACAGCCCGCUGACAGGCUUCAAGGCUGCGGCCAGAAUGCAGCACAUGGGCGCUAUAUGGAUCCUGCCCGCCCAUGGCCAGAUGUGCUCCCCGUGCGCUCGGCUGCCCAAUGCCAGCGCCCCUCCUCGGGGGCCCAGAACCAUCCGUUUCCCCCCCCCCCCAGAGCUGAGCCAGGGGAGCCCACAGUGAAAGGGCAACCGCAGGGAGUCCUGGGAACACGCCUCGCCGGAUGCUGCGGCCCGCCAGAGCGGGCACCGGAGGAGUCUCCCCUGCUGAGGCUGGUGUCUCUGCAGAAUGCUGACGGCUCGUGGGACCUGGACCCCCGGCUGGCCGCCGCGCUGGGGGUGAGCGAGACCGACGCUAGGGGGAGGAUGCCCAGUCGGGUGAGUGCGGGGGGCGAGAGAAAGGGGAGAGAUGGGGAGCAGGUGCUAUGAGUUGAGCCUGUUCUCUGCUCCCAGAUGAGACUGGGUGACCCAGACUGAGGGGGCAGGUCUGAGGGCAACUGGAUCAAAUGACCCUUGAACCUGGAGCCCAGUGGGCGAGACAGGCCCAGAGUGGGGGUCUGAGACCCAGGGCCGGCUCUAGGCACCAGCAAAACAAGCUGGUGCUUGGGGCGGCACAUUUUUAGGGGCGGCAUUCUGGCGCGGGCCAUGCCGCCCCUAAAAAUGUGCCCCGGCCGCCCUAACUCACCUCCGCUGCUGCCGCUCGCACGCCGCUGCUCGCCCU